AAGUGACAGAAAAGCAGCUUGUUUGAAAAAUGAUUUUUUUCUGGCUUCUAACCAGUGUUAAUUCACUUGGAAACCAAGGCAGUUUUCUCCCCUUUACUGAACUCUGGAUUUCUUUUCCAAUCAAGGCCCCUGACACCAAAGAAGGAAAUGGAGCGUAAAUCAGGCUACAGAGUGGCUGCCAUUCAUUCAGGAAGCCUUACUGUUUUCCGUCCUUUGUUCCCCUCUAGACCCUUGCCAACCCCCAGGCCGCGAGGCCCUCUGAAGCCCUGAGCCUGGAGCGGUAGGAGACGGGGGAACUGAAACGCCGCGGAACCAGAGGCUAGGGAGCGGCGCGAUGGAGGGAGGAGGAGCGACGGACCGGCAGGCCUAGCUCCGGGGCUGCGGCGGCUGAGGCGCGGGGAUGGAGCCCCUGCGGGUGCUGGAGCUGUACAGCGGCGUGGGCGGCAUGCACCACGCGCUGAGAGAAAGCUGUAUACCUGCACAAGUGGUGGCUGCCAUUGAUGUCAACACUGUCGCUAAUGAAGUAUACAAGUAUAAUUUUCCUCACACACAGUUACUUGCCAAGACAAUUGAAGGCAUUACACUCGAAGAGUUUGACAGAUUAUCUUUCGAUAUGAUUUUAAUGAGCCCUCCCUGCCAGCCAUUCACAAGGAUUGGCCGGCAGGGUGAUAUGACUGAUUCAAGGACGAAUAGCUUCUUAUAUAUUCUAGAUGUUCUCCCAAGAUUACAAAAAUUACCAAAGUAUAUUCUUUUGGAAAAUGUUAAAGGUUUUGAAGUAUCUUCUACAAGAGACCUCUUGAUACAAACAAUAGAAAAUUGUGGCUUUCAGUACCAAGAGUUUCUAUUAUCUCCAACCUCUCUUGGCAUUCCAAAUUCAAGGCUACGAUAUUUUCUUAUUGCAAAGCUUCAGUCAGAGCCAUUACCCUUUCAAGCCCCUGGUCAGGUACUGAUGGAGUUCCCCAAAAUUGAAUCUGUACAUCCACAAAAAUAUGCAAUGGAUGUAGAAAAUAAAAUUCAAGAAAAGAACGUUGAACCAAAUAUUAGCUUUGAUGGCAGCAUACAGUGUUCUGGAAAAGAUGCCAUUCUUUUUAAGCUUGAAACUGCAGAAGAAAUUCACAGGAAAAAUCAACAAGAUAGUGAUCUCUCUGUGAAAAUGCUAAAAGAUUUUCUUGAAGAUGACACUGACGUGAACCAGUAUCUUUUACCGCCAAAGUCAUUGCUGCGAUAUGCUCUUCUAUUAGACAUUGUUCAGCCCACUUGUAGAAGGUCCGUGUGCUUUACCAAAGGAUAUGGAAGCUACAUAGAAGGGACAGGGUCUGUGUUACAGACUGCAGAGGAUGUGCAGGUUGAGAAUAUCUACAAAUCCCUUACCAAUUUGUCACAAGAAGAACAGAUAACAAAGCUGUUAAUACUUAAACUGCGAUAUUUCACUCCUAAAGAAAUAGCAAAUCUCCUUGGAUUUCCUCCAGAGUUCGGAUUUCCUGAGAAGAUAACAGUGAAACAGCGUUAUCGCCUACUUGGAAAUAGUCUCAACGUGCAUGUAGUAGCUAAACUAAUCAAAAUCCUAUAUGAAUAAUUUUGAAAUAACUCUGAAAGAUGGUCAUAUGAUAUUCCUUCAUUUUCAGAGAGUAAUUCUGAAAUUCUAUUUUGAACUAAUUCUGGUGAAAUUUAACUAAAUUAUUUUAAUCUGUCCUUAUUAAGAAAUUUGGAUUUUAUUAAAAAAAUCCACGUGUUUCAUCAAAUUUAUAUUACUGUAUUUUAUAAAAUACGAACUAUUGUUAUGCUUUAUGGAGAGUAUAUUUUCAUAUGAAACUGGUAAAUAUAUAUGUGGAAUAUUCUUUUUAAAAAUGAUUUUAUAAACAAAUCAAGGAGCACUAGAGCUUUAGUGUCUACAUGAGUAUCUUGUGAAGUGUCAUAACAGGCAUAACAUAUUUUUAUGUUAAUUAAAGAAGUUUUUUAUUUCUAAUUUUAAAAUAAUGAUUCUAAUUCUAGCCCAUUGAAUGUUUUACUUAAUUUCCAAUCCUGUAAAUAUUUCUUUAUUUCAUCUAAACAAAUGCAUAUGAUAUGUAAACCAAAUUAUCAUCAUUCAAUUUAUACAGCAGACUGAAGAAUAAGUCAGGAAAAAUAAUCCUAAAUGUUUGAUUACCUCUCCAUGAAGCGGCCACAGAAACUGUUGGUGCACAUUAUCUACAUUUUCCUCAGCCUCUAUCUGAAGGACAAAACUCAUUUUUCCUUCUUCAUUUUGUAUGUACUUUCCUUUAGUUGACUAUUAUCAAAGCUUGUUUUUGUCUUCUCAGCUUCUGAGUUGAAUUUGCCUUUGCACGCUGAGGAAUGUAGCAUGACGUUAAGAUUUCAGGGAGGAAGCUGCCCUCUGAUCCCAUGUCAUGUGACACUACUCCCCUCCCCCCAGUUGUUCUUUAUUGUAGCAACAUACACUCUGAAUGAACUUUUAUGACUUUUAACUUUCUCUGUCUCUCUUCCUCAGCAGACCUCUUGGAAUUAGGGUUUCUAAUCAAACUAAGUCUUGCAUCAUAAAUUCUGUGGUUUGUGAUAAAAGCAAGUGACAAAGAGAAGAGAGAUGAAAAGAAACAAGUCCAGAAAUCAUAUUACAAGAUUUUAAUUCAAAUUUUUCUUCUUAAAAAUCAGCUAUUUAGAGGUGGAUAAAUUGGAAGUUUGUGCAUUGCUUGUGGGAACGUAAAAUGGUUCAGCUGCUGUUGGAAAACGCUAUGGAGGUUCGUCACAAAAUUCAACAUAGAAUUACCCUAUGAUUCAGCGAUUCCACCUCUGGCUAUAGACCCAAAAGAAUUGAAAGCAGGGACUUGAACAGAUAUUUGUACACCAGUGUUUAUAACACCAUUAUUUACAGUAGCCAAAAGGUAGAAGCAGCCCAAGUGUCAUCCCAUUCACCCAUGAAUGGAUGCAGGAAGUGUGUUCUGUGCAUGCAGUGGAAUAGUACCAGCCUUCCGCAGGAAGGAAAUUCUGACAUAUGCGGUGACAUGGAUGAACCUUGAGUACAUUAUGCGAAGUGAAAUAAGCCACCCUGUGGGGACGGAGAAUGGGUAGUUAGUGCAUAAUGGAUACAAAGUUUCUGAUUGGGGUGAUGAGAAAGUUCUGGAGGUGGAUGGGGAGGAUGGUUGCACAACAGUGUGGGUGUACUUAAUGCCACUGCAACUGUAUAUUUAAAAAUAGUUAAAAUGAUAAAUUUUAUAUUAUGUAUAUUUUACUGCAAUUGAAAAAAUCAUACUCUAUUACCAAUUUUUCAGAACUCAUAGAUAAAUAUGAAUGUAGGGAAGCUGUAAGCCAGCCCAUAUACAGAAACUAUCACUAUCUACAUUUUUCAUAUGUGUUCAGACAGAGCCUAUUACAAGUCUCAUAAAUUUCAGUAAACAAUCACAAAUUAUUUUGGCACACUUUCAUGUAGGUUCUGUUCACUGCUGAAAUAUUCUAAAUAAAAUGGUUUAGAGUUUUACUGUAACUAUGAAUAAUUAUGCUAUAAUUAUAGUAUCCCACAUUCGGUUGAGCAACAUUAUACAAAAUAAGUGUCGAGUUACUGUGCACCAACUAUAAAUACUUGAAAGGUCUGUAGAGACAUUUGCUUACAAACUGGUAGACAGAAUGUAGCUUAGUGGAAUUCUUAAAUUAUGGGAAUGUAUUCACAGGAAGACGGUGAUUCUUGCCUUUAAUUCAUAAUUGAAAAUAUGCAGUAACAAGCAUAAAACUCACAUCUUAAUGAAGAUGUAUCUACCAGUGUCAUUCAAUUAGCAGAUGUAUAUGUAUGCGUAAUUAAUUUGGAAAAUGUUAUUUUAUGGAAUAUCUGCUAUAUGCUUUUGGUAAUAAUGCUGUAUAUAAAAUUUGCACUGGAAAUUCUGUUUCCUGAUAUUUGGACUUGUACAUUUAUUCAGAUGUUGGAAAACAUAGCUUCUCGUUUUCAGGAGAACUAUGUGUAAUUCAGUCUUCACCAUACCUUACAGUAAACCGAUUUUUCUUUCUCCUUUUCCCAUCAUCCCUGCUCUUUUAAACGGCUUGCCAGAUAAUUCUAAGGUAUUUAUUACCCUGCUUCAUAUUUUUAGUAUGUCUUCAGGAUCCAAAACUAAUUCUAAAAGAUGACCAAAUCAAUUAAUGUAAACAAAAUGAGUCAUAAUUGGAAAAUGAUUUCGAAGAGGUGGGUAGUCAUUGUAGGAGGGGUCAGAGCCUGAGAAUCCUCAGUGGCAGGCAAGAAAGAGGAAUGAGGCAUCACCUUCACAGAGGACCUGGCCAUGGUGUUCUGGCUGUGAAAUCAGACCUUCACCAUGGGCACUGCCCUAUGUCUGGAAAGAUGAGAAAAUACCUCCAACCUUCAGCCAACUUAUUCUUCCUCAAAAAGUAGAGCCUUCUAAAGAGGCAAAAACAGUAGUUGAAAUUGUGAACAGUGAGGGUCCACCCAGCACUUUUUUAGAAAUUUGAGGGUAAACUGUUGCUUGAAAUGAUCCAACUUUUCAAAGAGGUAAAGUUAUUUAGUAGAGAGGCUUUUAAGUUGCCCUGAAAGGCUGUAUUGCUACCAUGUGGGAUGUAAAAUUGGAUGGGGUUAGAGAUGAGUGCAGGCAAUUCAACGCAUUGGUAGGGGUGGAAGUCCUCAGCAGAAAUCACCAUCUGGGUUUUUGCUCCCAUCUCAACCUAGUUCAGGUCUAGAGUGAUUAAGCUGGAGACUUCUGAGGAGAGAGAAAUGAACUAAAGAUAAAUACAACUGAUUUAAUUUUAGCCAUAGCAGAACAGAACAAAGAAGCAACCACAUUUCAUCUAACAUCAAGCACCUGCUAAAGGAUGCAUUCUGCAGGCCAGCUGCAUCUGCAUCCAAACCAAAGUCACUCUGGUUGCUCUUUUGCUUUGAUAACUUAAGAGUUUAGAAACAAGAGGUUUCUAAAAAAGCCAAGAUAACACAAUAAGGACCAAAUUUUAAUCCCACAUAGACAAAGAGAUUAAAGUGGGUUUUCCUGAAUUGCUUAUGUUAUGAACAGGUUACCUUGUCAUAAUUUGGCCUUCGGCUUGGGAUUCUGUUUUAGGCCACCAGUUAUGACACUGACUUACUAAUAGCUUUGGACUUUGAAACUGUGUGAGGGUCAUAUAGGCUCAGCAGUUUUCUUGUAGCCUGUGAUUGCAUUGAGAUUAUAUAAUUUUUAAAGACAUGGCCUUUGGACCUCUGUCUACUAGUUAAUCUCUUCCAUCUACCAUUCAAAUGUGCUAUAUACAACUAUCAUAUCAGCUUCUUAGCAAGCACUUUUCUGGACCUCUGUCACACCCACCAAGAUGUCUAGUUAUGCCUUUCAUUUGAGAGUUUCCCUUUGCUGUUUUUUUUGUUUUGUUUUGUUUUGUUUUUGAGACUGAGUCUCGCUCUGUUGCCCAGGCUGGAGUGCAGUGGCGUGAUCUCGGCUCACUGCAAUCUCCCCCUCCUGGGUUAAAGUGAUUUUCCUGCCUCAGCCUCCCUAGUAGCUGGGAUUACAGGCGCAUGCCACCACACCUAGCUAAUUUUUGUAUUAGUAGAGAUCGGGUUUCACCAUGUUGGCCAGGCUGGUCUCGAACACCUGACCUCAAGUUAAUCCACCCACCUUGGCUUCCCUAAGUGCUGGGUUUUACAGGCAUGAGCCACCACGCCCAGCCUCCCUUUGCAUGUUUUUUAAAAAGGCAUUAAGCAUCUUGCACAUGUUCUUUAGUUUCAGUUUGCGUGAGUCAACCUGUGUGCAUCAUUUUCCCUUUCACUAUUUCUUGUCUUUGCUGGUGAAAUUUUAAAGCUUCAGUUUAAAAAAAAAAAGAAAAAGUAUUUGUUGUUGUUGUUGUUUCUAGCUUCCGUUUCUCUCUUUAGGCUGUCUAGGAACAUUUUAAGGUACUCAUGCUCUUCAAAAUCUUACACAAUCAAGAUCCAAACUCCGUCACCAUUCAUGUCUUAGCUUGUGAAUUUAUUUCUUUUUAAAUAUAUUUUUUCAAGAAAUAUGAGCAUGUGCAAUGAGCUGUUUUGGCUUUGUAUUCCCCAAGUUCUCAUAUACAUUGGCUUUAUAUUUACCAUAGAUUCUGAGUCUUACUUUCAGCCACAUCCAGCACUUACUGAAGUCUCCCUCAAGUACACCACACUUGACUCCAAAAGCUUCCAAAAUCUCAUUUUUCCUAUAAAUAUGAGACCGGAAAUUUUCACAAAAAUUACAAGAUAGGAACUGAGUUUUCCCAUAGAACUCUUUUCUGAAUAAGCCUAGGGUUUUUUCAUUUCUUUGCUUGUACCUAGCAUGGCUUCAGUGUUUACUUCAAAUAUUUGCUCUGUAUUUUGUUUGCAUUUUGAUUUCUAUUUUUAUCAGGACAGAUUGAAAUUAUAAGAGUGUACAUAGAGAACAUGUUUGUUUAGCUAAAUUAGCUCUAUAAUCAGAUGAGAUCACCUAGAGGGUCAGAGGAUGAGAGUGAAAGAGAGAAAGAGAAAAAGAAGAGCAGAGGCUUGGAGCUGACUUAUCUGAAGGUUCCGUCCUCAGGUCUCUUUCUACCCUUCACUUUUCAUGCCAUUUUUUCUUAGAGAUUCUCACCCUUUCCUACAACUUCAGCCAUUUUGCCGAUGACACCCAGAUGACUCUCAAUCUGCUGUUUUCCUAAGUCCUAUUCUAGAAUCUUCAUGCUGGGACAUUUUUAACUUGGAUAUCUUGCUAUUCAAGUUGUAUCGGAUUUGCAUCAAAUUUAGCAUGCGUGCAACCUAAGCACACUCCAUUCUAUAGUCAGUUCCACUCUUGACUUUAAUGGUUAUGGUACGGUUAGUCUCCAGAUCUUCCAAGUUCAAGCCUCAUAACCAAAGAUCAUCUUCACCUUCCUUCUCACUCUGCAUUCCAUUGGUCAGCUUCUGUUAAAAUGGCCUUCCUAAGGCAGGCCUCUGAACGAUCAUUUAUUUUUAGGAAAACUUAUAAAAAGUCACUGAGAUUCAAAAACACCCACACAUAUAUUUGCAAUCAUAUUUGUGUGCUUGGUUAAACAUGUCGACAUUUAACAGAUUUGAGCCUUCUAAAUUUAAUCUAGCAUGAAUGUCGUUUUUACUAAAAUAUUUGCUAUUUUACUCACUUAGCUGGUUCCUUACAGUUAAAUUUCACAUGCGAAAAAAAUGACUGAAAACACCGAAUGGAAUGUGAUACUCCUUGUGUAGUAGAAAUGAGUCGAGUUUCAUAUUUAAGAGCUGAUCCUAUGAAUGAGUAGACAAUAAGCUGAAUAGCUGUUACGAUCUGAGUUUUAAAAAUGGAAAAUGUUUCAUGUUUUAGAGAAUGUAAACUUCCACAAGGGCAGAGAUUGUUAAUACGUUUUCCCCCCAGUGACUUAAAACAGUACUGGCACAUAGUAAGCACUCAAUAAAUAUUUGUUGAAUGAGUGAAUGUAGGAACCGUACUGGAAUCAAUAUUGAAGCUACAUAGAAAGCACCACACUGUGGAGUUCACACAAUGUCUUUAAGUUGUUCUCUUGAAAACUAUUUAAUUUGUCUGUUACUGCCACUUCUUCCAUGCCCAGAGGAACAGCCAAAGUUACUCAAGUCUGGAACACAUGAUUUAAAAAAUAAUUCUGGGAUAGGCUUUUGGCUUUUGGAAAGUAGUGCAAAUAAAACUUUUUAAAAUACUGUAUUCUGACUUCUGGUCUUGACAAGAGAGUGUAGAUUUAUUUCUCCCUGCUCCUCCCUGAAAAGUGUAAUUAUAAACUCUGGGUAAGUAUAAUUAUAAAAUAAUGCAAGAGGAAUCAGAAGGAGAAUUCUGAAAGGUGGGAACAGGAAGACACACUGCGGAGGGACCCCAAGACUAGAGGAACAACAUGGUUCCAAGACAUCUGACCCCUCACCCAACAGAGGAAGGUUACCCAGGCUUGGUGUUUCCCGACCUAUAACCACACAAUACAAGACAGCCCAGAGAGGCUCGUUCCUACAGAAGAGGGAACUGAAGUCUAGUCGGUAAUACCAGGUGAGUCUGGCUCUACCAGCACGGGGGUAUAUCAGGAACCCCACUGACAAACAUCCAGACCUGAGACUUGUCUUUUGUGCUGAGAGAUGAGCAUCCAGGGGCCUCUGGCAAAAAGCAUCUAACUCAGGAAGAUUUUUUAUUACCCUGAGCCUGAGACUCCCUUCUCCCAGAGGUACCAUGGGACCUGGCUUGGGAGAAAAUCCUUCUUUCCCUAAAGUUGUAUCAUGAAGGACCAUUCGGGAACCCCAGCAGCACCAGAUAAACCAAGCAGACCAAAAUAACACUGCAAAGGCUUUAAAAACUAAAUUACCACUGGAGUCAUAGCCCACAAAAACUAAGCCAGGGCUUGCAUGCUAAACAUAGAUGGAGUGACUGCCUACUAAAAAUAAAAGAUUAAAAUAAUAGACAAAAGGUUCAGGAUACGAUGUAAAAUAGCCUGUCAUACCAAGAACCAGAAAAAUCACAACUUGAAUAAGAAAUGACAGUCAACAGAUGACAACACUGAGACAAAUCAGAUGUUGGAAUUACUUGACAAGGAUUUUAAGCAACUCUCAUAAAAAUGCUUCAACAGGUAAUUACAAGUUGUCUUGCCACAAAAAAUAGAAAAGCUCAGCAAAGAAAUAGAAGUUAACAAAAGAACCAUUAUGGUAAGUGCACUAUAUGCCAAUUUUUAAGAAUAGAAAUAAAUGGCAGUUAUGUAACUGAAAAAUAACCAAAAUAGAAAACAUUCUGUGGUAACAGAUAAUUUGAUUAGAUCCUGGACAUUUUGUCUGUUACAUUAACUUUAUUUUCAGAAAUUUAAUUAUGAUGUGUCUUGGCAUGAAUUUCUUUCAAAGUGGCAGAUAUUUCAAAGUGAAUGUAAUAUCCUGUUUGGUGUUCAUUCACCUUCUUGAAUCUGUACAUUUAUAUCUUUUGCUAAACUUGAGAUCAGUAGUAGAGAGGAAAUGACAGAAGAUAGAAAUCAGUGAACCUGAGGACGGAUCAGUAGAAUUUACCUGAUCUAAAUGAUAGGGCAAAGAUAGGCUGACAAAAAAAAUUAACAGAGCCUUGGGGACCUGUGGGACAAUAACAAAAGAACCAACAUUUAUAUGUUUGGGGUGCCAGAAGUAGAGGGGAAAAAAUGGAGCUGAAAGAGCAUUUAAAUAAUGGCUGGAAACAUCCCAAAUUUGGCAAAACCUUAAAAGCAGCUGGAGGCUGGGUGCGGUGGCUGCCACCUGUAAACCCAGCACUUUAGGAGGCGAAGGGGGGCAGAUCAUAAGGUCAGGAGAUAGAGACCAUCCUGGCCAACAUGGUGAAACCCCGUCUCUACUAAAAUACAAAAAAAUUAGCCGGGCAUGGUGGUGCAUGCCUGUAGUCCCAGCUACUCGGGAGGCUGAGGCAGGGGAAUGGCUUGAACCCAGGAGCGGAGACUGCAGUGAGCUGAGAUCGUGCCACUGCACUCCAGCCUGGUGACAGAGUGAGACUCCGUCUCAAAAAAUAAAUAAAUAAAUAAAUAAAAGCAGCUGGAGAAAAAUGACACGUUGCCAUGGGGCAGGGGACACAAUUUGGAUGACAGUAGAUGUCUCAUCCAAAAUCAUGAGGACCAGAAGGAGGUGGCAUUGUCAACUAUGAAUUCUAUAUCUAGCCAAACUAUCCUUCAAGAGAUCUCUGUUUUAUCUAUAUCUAUGCAGCUCUUUACAAUUAUUAGGGAGAGCAGGUAGUUAACAUGGAAUUAGGCUUAUCUGAUAUGUGAAAUAAUCAAAGAUGAAAGGAAGACACCUAACGUAUAGCUAAUGAUUAUAACUGUGAAAUUACUCAUCUAAAAAUAGAUUGGAAUAAAAUAAUGAUAGCAGUUAUGUUAGAGUAAUAGCAUUUUAAUUUUUCUUGUUUAUAUUUUUCAAUUGAAUGUGAUCUUUUUUGUUGUUUUUGUUUUCAUCAAUGUGGCAUAAUAUUAGUUUUAUAAUUUAAAAUGUUCUUUCUUUCAAAACACUCAAUUUCAAGUCUUUACGGUAGAGUCUGGUCAUUGUAAGCUUGUAAGUUGCUACCUCAUUUGCAUCUUGAUGCUAUGUAAUAUAAUCCCCUCCCCUGCUGACUUUUUUCCUCCAGAGCAGAAGCUACAUCUUGCCCAUUUGUGUAUCCUCAGUACCUUUCUCAGAUGCUGACAGAUAGUGGGUACCUAAUAAAUAAUUGUCCAAUUAACUGACUUAGAUAUGAGUAUGCUGAGUAUGAUAAUAGAAUUGUAGGUUCUUUCAUGGCUUGGGGGAUUGUUUUCUGUCAGCCAAAAAGAAAAGAAGUGCUGGGCAUGGUGCCUCACACCUGUAAUCCCAGCACUUUGGGAGGUCGAGGUGAACGGACCAUGAGGUCAGGAGUUCAAGACCAGCCUGGCCAUGAUGAAACCCUAUCUCUACUAAAGGUACAAAAAAAAAAAAAAAAUUAGCUGGACGUGGUGGCAUGUGCCUGUAAUCUCAGCUAUUCAGGAGGCUGAGGCAGGAGACUCACUGGAACCUGGGAGGCGGAGGUUGCAGUGAGCCGAGAUUGUGCCAUUGCAUCAUUCCAGCCUGGGUGAUGGGGCAAGACUCUGUCUCAAAAAAAAAAAAAAAAGAGAA